GGUGGGACGAAGACGCACCUCGUCUGGCGGGUGUUGGUACUACUACACCCGGUGCGGCUCCUGCCCUAGAGCAGCAGGAUUUACGGAAAGAAAGGGAAAGAGAUCAGUUGCCACAACUUACCGCAUACGGCGCACGCUGGUGUAUGAAUACCAAAGGAUGUUUGCUUACUGCAUUCCGCGGCGUACGGCAGCGGCGGCACGUGCGGUCCUCGGCUUAGACGCAGGGCAGACGUACACGCCCAGCGACAUCAAAAAGGCGUUCCGAGAAAGGGCGCUCACGGCACACCCCGACGCCGGCGGUGACGUGGAGUGCUUCCGACAGCUCCAAGGUGCGUACGAGGAGCUGCUCCGCGAGGAGGGCAACACCAAGGGCGGUGCGUCUCCGGCCUCUGCUGCGGACGACGGUCGCGGGUGUGGCUUCUACUCGCACCCCCACGCGCAGUGGGCGAACGACCGACGCACACAUCACCAGUACUGGCGGAAGGCGUACGAAGAGGAGGUGAACAUGAACACGAAUGAGCGGGGGAGCCCGGAGCACCCGUCCAACACGCAUUACCGUGCGCGGCCGCACCGGCCCUCCUACGGCGCGGGUCUGGGCGAAGAGUUUGCCAGCGCACGUCAGGCACAGCGAGGCCGGCACCCCAACUUCUCCACGUACUUCUUCUACCGCCCCUACGAAUCCGACUUCUGCAAUCCCUUCAGCACUGGGUUUACGGAAGAGGAGCUCAAGCAAGCGGCACGAGAGCAGCGCCUGGGCCUCCUGCGCACGAUUGCGCGUCACACCUGCUUGUGGUCAGGCCUCUUCGUCAUCGUGUACAUGCACGAGCGGAACAAUCGCGUACGGCGUGCCACGGAGGCCCGGGAAAAGGGCUACAAGGACCUUGAGUAUUGGCGCCAGCUUCGCGAAGAGGAGUCAGAGGCGAAGCGGCGCCACCGUGCGCCACUGCGACUAGAAAACCACUGGCUGGAGGCACCGCUGGUGGCACCUCUGCCACCCGUGUCGGACGAAAGGAGCAAGGGAAAAGAAGCCACGCGAGACGCCGCGACUACGGCGAAGAGCAGCGCCGCGCAGGGUGAAAAGAAAACGCGGAAGGCGCGGCGUCAGCGGGCGUUACGCCCCCUGGGCAGUGGUGGUGCAGGCGGCACACAAGUUGUCAGCUUUCAGGGACGCCCCUUUACCCCGAAUGGCGUGCGUGGUGCGCGCAACUCGCCGCCGAUUACGGCGAAAACGUAUGCGAAGGAUGUCACGUACGAUGACAGCGAUCUCGACUGGGAAGACGAGGCACUUGAUUGA